UGGCUCUCCGUCGGCAGUCUGCGUGCUAACAACCAGGCUCUGCGUGGCUCUUAUGGAAGUGGGUAGGCUAGACGGAAGGAUGCCCAGGGCAGGAGGCACGAACCACACUCAGCAUGCAAAGAGGGCGUGAGAGGAAGAGGCAGCUCGUUGAGCUCUCCUGCUUCAGUUCCACCAGAUGCCUUUGGUCAGACGUGCAAGAAAUUGCCUUUUUUUAAGAAUUAGAAGGCAAAGGCAAUGACAGCUUUAAUGUUAUGAAGGAACUGAGAAGAUCGGGACCUGUGCUGAGAUUUGCAGUGGAAAGACAUGACAUGAAUACUCUCAGUUUGCCACUUAACAUUCGCCGCGGAGGCUCUGACACCAAUCUCAACUUUGAUGUACCAGAUGGGGUCCUAGAGUUUCACAAAGUCAAACUCAGUGCAGAUAGCUUGAAACAGAAAAUCCUCAAGGUUACUGAACAAAUCAAAGUUGAACAAACAGCUCGAGAUGGAAAUGUGGCUGAGUAUUUGAAACUGGUAAACAGUGCAGACAAGCAACAGGCUGGGCGCAUCAAACAAGUCUUUGAGAAAAAGAACCAGAAAUCCGCCCACUCCAUUGCUCAGCUGCAGAAGAAAUUAGAACAGUAUCACAAAAAAUUGAAGGAUAUUGAACAAAAUGGAUCUUCCAAAAGCACUAAGGAUACUUCCAAAGAUAGCUUGAAGGAUAUUCAGCACGGAAAGCCUCGUACCUCCGGGCAUGGACCAGAGAGCAGCAAGUCGGGUGUGCCGGGUGUAUCCUUGACACCACCGGUCUUUGUUUUCAGCAAGUCAAGAGAGUUCGCAAAUCUGAUCCGAAACAAAUUUGGUAGUGCAGACAACAUUGCUCAUCUCAAAAACAGCCUGGAUGAAUUUCGGCCAGAAUCGAGUUCUAGAACCUAUGGGGGCAGUGCCACCAUUGUUGCCAAACCCAAAUACGUUAGCGAUGAUGAAUGCUCAAGUGGGACCUCUGGCUCAGCAGACAGUAAUGGGAACACUUCAUUUGGUCCUGCUGUGGCAGGCUCCCUGGACAGCCAAGGAAAGCUCUCCAUGAUUUUGGAGGAACUAAGGGAAAUCAAGGAAACACAGUCCCAAUUAGCUGAUGAUAUCGAGAAUUUAAAAACACAAUUUAAAAGAGACUAUGGCUUUAUUUCUCAAAUGUUGCAGGAGGAAAGAUAUAGAUACGAAAGAUUGGAAGACCAGUUAAAUGACCUCACUGAUCUUCAUCAACAUGAGACAGCAAACUUGAAACAAGAGCUAGCCAGCAUAGAGGAAAAAGUGGCGUAUCAAGCAUAUGAGCGAUCACGAGAUGUUCAGGAAGCCUUGGAAUCGUGCCAGACCCGUGUUUCGAAGCUGGAGCUUCAUCAGCAAGAACAGCAGGCACAGCAAUCCGAAACAGUUAAUGCCAAAGUGCUCCUGGGGAAAUGUAUAAAUGUUAUCUUGGCCUUCAUGACUGUCAUCUUAGUGUGUGUUUCUACUAUUGCAAAGUUCAUUGCUCCUAUGAUGAAGAGCCGUUUUCAUAUCAUCUGCACUUUUUUCGCAGUGACGCUGCUGGCAAUAUUUUGUAAGAACUGGGAUCAUAUCAUUUGCGCCAUAGAAAGGAUGAUUAUACCAAGAUGAAGCUGCUGGUCUGGCUGUUCUGUUUUUCUUUUCCUCCCUAUUUUCAAGUGCUGUGUAUAUACGAGUUUUUGUCAGUUUAAAUGUGCAGACUGCAUGAAGAAGGCUACAAAGACUCUUGGACUUUAAGGGGGUGUAAAUACAUAAAUGCGUACUAGUUGGCAGUCAGUAGUCUGUUCAGUCAGAUCGUGUCUAAUUGGGUAUGUCUGUGAUGAACUGCUUGCUUAUGUCAGUUUUCUGCCUUAAUCCCACUGUUUUUCCACUUUACAAACCUACACCCACAAAAGAUGGUAGGAUUCUUUGAGAGGGAUCCAAGAAACUGUAAGUGUAAGGUGUGCUUUUUAUUGGACUGGAGUGCAAGGAGUGUGAUGAGGAGGGAGUACAUCAUGAUGUGUAUCACCUAUAUUAGGCAAAUUAUCGCUUUGAAUCCAGCUAGGAUGAUAACUAGAAUUAUACAGUCAGAUGUAUUAAUAGUUUCAGAUUCUAAAUUAAUGGGUAACUGUAUAUGGGGUUUUCAGGACCAGCAAAACUGGAUGCUUCUGCUAGUAACCCUUUGCAAGAAGAGUUUAUUGUUCAAAAGUUAGACCACUGAUGACUAGUGACCACAGUUAGCAGUUGUUCUAUCCUGGCACUGUUCCUUAUCACACUCAAGGAAAACGUAAGUGCAGCAUAAAGCUUCCAAAGAUGAAAACUGAAUUGAAUGACAAGAUCUCCAGGCCACUUCAAAAGGGAGCAAAGGAGCAAGUAACUGGUGGGUGUGUUGUCACGCAGACCAGAGUGCUCGCUUGCUUCAAGCAUUGCAACCUGCAAGGAGGAGGAGGAGUUAAACACAAAGGCAACACUUAAGUUAACCUUUAUUAGCACUGAAUUGUUGGGAUUCUCUAACAGAAUGGAAAGCAGAUAGGUGGUGGGACUCUGGGUACGGUGGAAUUUUUUAUGUCAGAUUAAAGCAUGCAGAAGUAUGAGGGAACACAUCCUUAGGGGAGCAGGGAGUUAAACUUCUGUAAAUAUACAAACACUGUGCAGACUCUCUUGACAAACAUUCCUGAAAUAAUGUAUUAGCAUACACUACCACUACUAGGAGAAUAGGUGGUCUUGUUUUCCUACUAGAACUUAUUUUAAGAACUGCAGAAAAAAAUCCCUGAAGUCCUCUGCUUGGCUCUCAGUCAUGAUGUGAAACAAUCUUUAAUAAAAGAAAUAAAUGAGAAUUCUCCUCCACUCUGUAUUAAAUGGAAAAAAAAAGUCUCUCUCGUUAUUUGGGGUUCAAUGUUACUUUUAAAUUAACUGUCAUGAUGGAUUAUUUUUUUUUAUUUGUAGUAUUUGUUAAGCUGGUUUUACAGGAAGGGGAAAGGGGAUUAUUUGAUGUGGGGGGGUUGCUUUUUUUUUUUUUAAUUGCAAUAGUUGGUGUAGGGAUUCAGAAAUCCUUUAUACUGAGGAAGGGGAAUAGGGAGGGGAGGCAAGGGAAGAACUUUUGACCUUUUACCACUAUUGGAUUAACAGUGACUACAGUUACCUUUUGUGGCUUCAGGGACUGAAGAAAGGACAGAAUUAACUGCGUAAAUAAUUAUAUGACUCAGCAUUUAGAAAAUUAAAUUAAAACACUGUAAAGGUCAUUAAAGAAUUAUGUGUGCACUGCAGCUUUGAACACAGAGAUCAGGAAGGAUUGUGCCUGGCCUGCAGGCACCGGAAGGCGAUCAGCUCAGGCACACCCUUGUUAUCCUGACCCAGCACUGCCCCAUCUUCGGAGGAAGGUGGAGGGGAAGGCAAAAGUCCUGCUGCAAGUGGUAUCAUGGGAUAAAGCCCAAACUCACCAGUAGCCUUUUCCGUGGCUGUGUCAGGAAGAAUUAUUGUAUAGAUACGUUCUUUUCUUCCUUAAUCUUUUUUUUCUCCUCUCUGUCUUUACCCCCUGUAUUCCUAGUAUCCUUUGAAGAUGGCAAUAGCUAUUGUAGUAUGCUUAACGUUCUCUGUCUUAACUCUUGCAUGUGCUCCUGCUGCUGCUUGGUUCAGGAAGACCUUUCUUCCCGUGUGCUUAGCCCGUUUUGGCACUGUGUGCAUGCCUAGCAACAGGCCUGCACCCCCACCUUCCCAGUAUCUGCACUUGGCCUCCUUUUCUAGCCAGCUGGUAAACUAAGAUUCCUUCCCUGAUACAACUCUCAAACUUAUCCUCACAGGAAAGUCUGUUCCAUAAUGCUGAAGAGAGUGAAAGGAAAAAAAUACACAUUUUUUCUGUCCUUCACAUCACAAGGAAGGAUUUCCCUUGGUUUCUUUAUAUGCCCUUUAAGUGACCUGAGAUCCUCUUGGUCUUUUCUACUGUUUUAAUAUAAUUUGUUCCCAUUUUCAUUUUUUAAGAGGCAUAUAAUCUCUUUUUAGUUUGUACUUUCCAUUUCUUUAGCUAAUGAAUGCGCUUCUAUUCAAAUUCAGAGUCCAUUGUUUCUAAAGUCUUCUUGCUAAAUUCCACCAGCUAUUUCACUAAUAAUCCCUAAGACUGAUUUUUUUCCUCAUUUCCUGAGGCCACAAGAUUUUUUUUAUUUAAAAAAAAAAAACACAAACAGUUGUGGGAGUGAUCAUCAGAAAUCCGUGACUCUGUAGUGCUCUCUUGCCAUCUUUAUUAUAAUCUCCAUUCUUCUACUUUGUUUGCACAGCCCCCUUCUGGUUUGGCCACUCAAGAACGCGCAGUUUGUCUAGCAUUUUGUUACGUGGGUUCAGAAGGGUAUGCGGGCAAGAAAGGUAUGUUAAUUUUACUUGAGAAAAGCUCCUUUGCCUGUUGCAUGAUCAAAUGUUUAAAGAGAGAAUCCUCACAGUGCUAGUGUACAUAGUUAAAAACGUAAUGUCAGGUAGUCGUCAAUUCUCUUAUGUCACAGGAAGUUGGUGUGGUACAGCCUGGGAGCGUGAAGGCUUCUGCUCCAAGGUCAUCCUGUUACAAUGCCGAAAGAUGUCCUCAGUGCAAAAUGAAGGUAGAACAUAAAAUCAAUGGGCCUCUGAAAGAUUGCUUUCUGCCCUGAUAAAAUCUGACUGGGUCCAAAUUGGAAACAGAAAGGCCUUGCAUUUCUGUAUUGGCUUUUAUCUGGCAGAGGACACAGAGAAAGCUGUAAACUCUGAGUAAUGUUACUUAUGCAAAUUAAACCUUAACUGGUAAAUGGGCACAGCACUUCGCUAGGUUAUUUUCCAUGCUGUAUUUAAAUCACUGGUUGAUAUGACAUGCAUCAAGAAAUUAAGAUGUGAAGGGCAAAAGCCUGCCUUUGGGUGAAACUACUGUAGUUGUGCACGCAGAAAGGCUGCAGGGCCAGGACCUCCGCCAAGCUCGUUCCCACCUGAAGGGGAGGGAGAUCUCCCCUCCUGGCUUCACCCAUUUCUUACCUUGUGCUGACACGGGUGUGUGUUGCAGCCUUCCCUGUGUUGCGUUGGCUCACUGGGCUGGCAGAAAACUGAACCAGCGGAAGAGGAGGUAGUUCUCCACCAUACCAGAGACUUGAAGGGGCUGAGGGAAAGGUCUCAGAUGUGCCAGCGCUGGCAGAGGAAGCAGGGACAAAGAAGAUGAGCUGUUUUCCUUUUUUGCUUCAGUGAAUCAUUAGCUGCCCCUGAAACUGUGCUCUAGGCAGCUUCCCUAGCAGAAUGAUAGCACAGCUUCAGCACCGAAGGCUCUUCCUACCUUUUGCCUACGUGGAACAGACACAAACAGCAGCAGGACUGGGUAGCGCAGGCUCACUGGCUGUCUCGGUAUCCAGCAUCAAGAGCAGGCUGAUGGCCAGGCCGCUGACUUCAGUAUCAGCAUCACUUCCACUGCUUGGGCUGCGAUUUCACGAGCGUGCCUACCUGGACUGCGGUCAGAACUCUGCUUGCUGUGAACGUAUGCUCAGGCCAUUCUGAACAGUCGCAAGAUCUCUAUUAAUGAGAACUUUAACUUCUCCAUCAAUUAACCAUGUCUGGUUGGGAUAGUGUUUGCUUUUAUGGUCUCCUACAACACCUCAGGUGUUGUUCUUAGUAUGCUUGUUGCACUUAACUCAUCGUGAGCCUCUAAAACACACCCACUCAACCAAAAAUUACAAGUGUCUUCUCUGUUUGAUACUGCCUGGUAAUGAAUUAUUUCUCUUCUCUUUGUUCUCUCACUAAAAAGUCCUUCAGUUAAUAUUAAUACCUGACCUAUUGGCAUUUGGCAGCUUUUUUGCUUAGAAGCUUCUGGAGACUUAGUUUCUCAUGAAGGUUGGCACAAUUUUCCUGAUCUCUCCUAUCUAGGUCUAAAGCAGGGGUUCCUCUGAAACCUGUGUAAUGGCUCCCUCCACUAGCUUUAACUCUAACUCCCUUACUGUUGUACAUUGAAUUAGUCACUGUCAACACUGAAUGAGACCCAGUUUAAAUUCCUUCUCAUUUCUGGUUUACCUUAUGUGCAUUGGUACAACUUCCCAUUUUGCUACAGUCCUAGGAUGUCUCCUUGUUCUGAAUUCUGAAAAGAGCCCUGUCAAAUAUGACUAUUUUCUGCUUUAACAUCAAAAUGCCUGUGUUAUGCAGUGCAUCUGCACAGGAACGUCACGUGUAGACCUGAUAUCUGUGCUGUAUGAAGGAUAUUUAAAAGCCAAUGUUUUUCUUUGUACAAAAUCGUGAAUGCUUAUCUGGGGACUAGAAAAUAAUAGAUGAACACAACUUGCUCUAGCAAAGAUACAAGAUCCAGUGACUAGUCUAGUGUCUAGUUGAAGCUAGACAAAUCUAAUGCAAGUACAAGCUUCAGUUUAGUAAUCAUAAGGGUUGUGAGCGUAUUAUUAGCUACAGAAUAAACAAGGACUUGAAAAUUUUAGGCUAAAGUUGAACGAUGUUGUUCAAAGAGGAAUCAGUCCAGGCUUAUGCCUGAUCCAAAGUCAAUUGUAUAAUCACAGGCAGUGCUUUCUGGAGUUGCAUUCUAUGAACAAGAAACUUUUUUUGGGGUGGGGGUGUUGUAAGAUUGUGGUUCAUUUAGUUGGCAUGGAAUUUUGAAAGCCAAACCCAUUUCCAUCGUGAUAUAGACAUUUUAUUUCUGGAUUCAGUGGUACAGCAGAAGGUAAACACAGAUUAAUGUAAUUAAACACUUUAAUUUGGAUAACAGAAUUUAAUCUCUUCAGAAAGUCCAUCUAGGAAUAGCAGUCAGACAAGUUUGCUCAACUCUUUAUUAAUCAAGCAAAUAUCUGUCAAUUGUCUGUUUGUUUCCAUUUACCAUCAUGCCAGAACAUGUCCUUUGAUUAAUUAUAUUGCUCCCUUUAAAAA